CACAGCGCGGCCGUUGCGAAAUAAAUGACAACCCUUCUUUGAAGUUUUCUCUGAAACAAGAAUUUCGUCCUUUUACCCUUCUCUUAAUGGUUCUUCAUGUUAGUAGUAUUUCCCGCCGAAGUGCGGCGGGCUUCCUGAAAUGAGGGAACCAAGCAGAGUGGCAUCAGGCUGGCGUUCAGGUGGUCCACUUUUUCAUGUCUUUCUUCUUUUUUUUCUUUUUGCUUAUGUCUCUCUUCCCCAUGAACCUGUCUAUUUCCCCCCCCUAUGUAUCUCUUUGUCGACAUGCUUCCAGGUGAGCCUUUUUUUUUGGUGUGACGAUCCACGCCCGACUUGGAAGAAAAGCAAAAAAAAAACUAAAAGAAGUACUGUCGAAGUUUCCACCGGGACAACUUUUUAUCUUCUGUAAAGGAUUGGCAAUUCAGGGGUGAUCAAAGAAGCGACAGAUGGGCUGCACAGCUGACUGGUAUACUUUACCAGUCGCUCCUAAG